ACGAAUCGUUCGCGAACAACACAACACUAGAGUUCACACGUGAAGCAAGGGAUAAGUCGGAAGACAUUAUGGAACGAAUAACUGCGCUUCUUUUUCUUUUACAGGCGACAGUAACUGUUGUCAACACAGGUUCACACUCAAUCUGGACGUUUGCAACAUUUAUACACGGGAAGACCCAAUUCCCAGAAUUCAGUAUUUUGGCAUUUGUGGAUGAUCUUCAGGUGCUGUAUUAUGACAGCAACAUCAAGAAAAUUAUCUCUCGAAGUCGACCAAGCUCCACAAAGGGAGUUGAAGAUAUUAUUCUUUUAGGUGCAAACAUUGUGAUAGAAGACAUUUACAGUGGCAUGAAACGUCCCACACAUGCAAGGUUCUUCGCCAAUCAGACUGGAGGAGUUCGUGUUCAUCAGAAGCUGGGUGGAUGUGUGCUGGACAAUGACAAGUCCAGUCAGGUCAUGAUGUGGGAUGCUUAUGAUGGAACAGAAGCGAUACAUUAUGGCAUGCAUAAUUACACAGUCAACCCUAUAUGGCCACAUCUUACAUGGAUCACACAGUUAGCAGAGUUUGUUCAAAUGGAUUUAAGAACUAUUUAUCAUCCUAUUUGUAUCCAAAUACUGAAGUACUAUCUGGAGAAAGAAAAGAACAUUGUGCUUAGAAAAGAGCGGCCCAGAGUCAGACUAAUCCAGAAGACAUGCAGGGAGACUGGAGUGGUGAAGGUGAGCUGUCUGGCCACUGGCUUCUACCCCCGGCACAUCAACCUGACCAUGCUGAGAGACGACCGUCCCAUUUCAGGCGAGGAGCUCAUUUUCUGGGAGGUGUUACCCAACGGAGACGGGACGUACCAGACAAGGAGAACCCUUAGUAUCAGUUCGGAGAUAGCGAGAGAGAAACACCGUUACACCUGCUCUGUCACACACCUUGCUCUGGACAACAAGCUGGACAUCAACUGGGAACCAGGUGAAGGUGCUGAUGUUGCAGUCAUCAGUUCUGUGGUUGUAGUGCUGGUUCUGGUUCUGGUUCUGAUCUUUGCCAUCCCUGCUUUUAUCGUCUAUAAGAAGAGACGCAGAGGCAUCUAGACCUCCUUUGGAUACUUGUUUGCUAAAGAACUUUGGCCAAGCCAGUGGACGAUUCACCACCCAUGAACAGUGAACUAGUGCUACAGAGGAGAAGACGGAUCAGCACUUUUGUUUUGUUUGGAUUUUGUUUUGUUUGGAUUAUCCAAUUGUUUUGACUAUAUAGCUUUGUAUAUUUGCAGAUUUAAAUAGAUCACUUCAAAUA